AAUCCACGCGCUCCUCUUCGCUGUGACCAACAUCCUGCGACCGUCGCCGCACGCAAAUUCAGCAUUCACGCAGUCGCCGCUCCUCUAUCCUGUUCGACCGACACCCUUCAACGCUGCGCGCAAAUCGCACGGUCCCCCGCUAUCUCUCGCACCCGCACCCCUCCACCGACUCUAUCGUAAUUCACAUCGAAAAGAGCAGCAAUGGCCAACGACGAGUACGACUUCCUGUUCAAGGUGGUCUUGAUCGGAGACAGUGGCGUCGGAAAAUCCAACCUCCUCUCGAGAUUCACGCGCAAUGAGUUCAACCUGGACAGCAAGAGUACCAUUGGUGUGGAGUUCGCGACCCGAUCGAUCCAAGUAGACAGCAAGACGAUCAAGGCUCAAAUUUGGGAUACUGCCGGCCAGGAGCGCUACAGAGCUAUUACAUCGGCAUACUAUCGUGGAGCUGUGGGCGCCCUCCUCGUUUAUGACAUUUCCAAGGAGCAAACAUUCGGCAACGUCCAGCGCUGGCUGAAAGAGCUUAGAGACCAUGCGGACACCAACAUUGUCAUCAUGCUGGUUGGAAACAAGUCGGAUUUGAGACACCUUCGUGCAGUUCCGACAGACGACGCAAAGGCGUUCGCUGCGGAGAACGGACUGAGCUUCAUCGAGACUUCAGCUCUCGACGCCAGCAACGUUGAACUCGCAUUCCAGCAAGAACUUACCGAGAUCUACAGGAUAGUGUCUUCAAAGGCACUCGACCAGGACACCUCCGGUCCAGCACCUGGGCAAGGUACUUCGAUUCCUCUAUCUGCUAGCACGCCGGCUGGCGAGGCAAAGAAGGGACAGUGCUGUUAAUAGCAUGAGUGAAGAGCGAUGUCUAAUGGCCUCGAAUGGCGGGAUGUAACGAGAGCAUGGGAGCGCAGGACAAGCUGGGUUUGGUCGCGCAGGAGUUCGAGGCGUUAUCGAGAACUUAUAACUGCGGCGGCAGCGAUGAACGCGUUUAGUCCAAGGCCUGCUUCUUAGGCAGACCGAGAUGAAGAAAUGUCCAGUCGUCCAUUGCUCUUGAAUCACUUGACCCAGGGAGACAGUCUAGUCAUCUACACGGCGCAGCGCUGGGUUUAUUCUUAACGGUCUAGGUCAUUCGCAGGGAUGGAUCUCCAGCACAUUAUUCAUUGACUAGCUAGCGUAGCCUGUCAAGGAGUCUUCUACGCUGGUGCCUACGCUGUGUGCUUGUAUCUGCCCGCAGAUAUCUGUAGCAGCCCUUUCGCGCUACGCUAAUGCAAACGGACGAGCC